AUGGCACGAGGGUUUACACGAGAAGAGGAGAACCUGAUCGAAUCGAAUACGAUGAGGAGCGACGGAGGAAAUUGCGGCCUCGACAAGCGACAAGCUGGUGACAAUUCGUACGGCGAUGAGCCAUCUCUACCACCUACACUGGCGCCUUACAUUUCUGUCGAAGCGACCACUCUCAUGGCAGUUCCCGAGGAAGAGCCACAACCUGUCGUCAAUGCGUUACCAGCUGCUUCAGCUACAGUCGUCGAUUCAGGCUACCGGGCAAAACGACAAGCUGGUGACAAUACAUAUGGUGACGAGCCUGUGGUACCAACUCAAAUGACUUACAGCGAGAGCGAGUUGACUACUUUAGCGGCUGCUGUUCCUGAAGAGGAGGCAGCAGCUGUUCCAGUAGCUGCACCUGCAGAAAUAGCAGCACCAGUUGUAGAAUCUGGAUAUUAA